UUUUCCAUUGAUAAUUGAUAAUCAUUCUUCCCUUUAAAUAGCGAAAGGAGAGCUUAUAAUAAUUCAAUCUAUCGAGACAUCGAAUAAUCGUACAUGGCACCCAGCUUGUUGGAGAGGGUUUUCGGGUCAUUCUUCUCGGCCAUAGCCUUUUGUUUCUUCGGCACGAAACACAAACACGUUCGUAGUAGCCAUAACGUUAAUAUCUCUGUCAAAGAUCACGAUAUUAAGUAUUUCAGAACCACACCUAAAGGUCGCCCGAUUUCUUUGCAGACUGUCGAGCUUAAAGUUAGGAUGUGUUGUAAAGGUUGUGAAGGGGUUGUCAAGAAGUCGAUCUACAAACUUCGAGGGGUGGACUCGGUUGAAGUAAACUUGGAGAUGGAGAAAGUGACCGUGAUUGGAUAUGUUGAUCGUAACAGAAUAUUGAAAAAAGUAAGGAGAGCCGGGAAGAGGGCCGAGUUUUGGCCUUAUCCGAACCCUCCUCUUUACUUCACAUCAACGGGUGACUAUUUUAAAGAUCUAAAUAACGAGUAUAAGGAGAGUUAUAAUUAUUGGCGUCAUGGGUAUAAUAUUGGCGACAAACAUGGGAAUAUUCCGGUUACUCAACGUGGAGACGACAAGGUUAGCAACAUGUUCAAUGAUGACAACGUUAACGCUUGUACAAUCAUGUAGUUUAGUAAGAUAUCGAAGAUUUGGUUACAUGGCAAAAGCCACUUAUGUAAAUAAGAAAUUCUAACUAGUUUGUGUGAAUGGAAACUAUGUUAUUAAGGUGAUAGGUUAAGUAAA